GUUUACUUUUCGUUGCCAUGUUGACCGUAUGUAAAUACGCUACACGAAUCGGAUCCGAAAACCUCACGCAACCCGCGACACUUUGGAGACACCAAGCUGCGGCUGGUAACUAACCACCCUGUCGUGAGCCCCAGACCAUGAAUGAUCCGGAACACAGCCAAGGGACAGGACGGUUGGGACAAGCCACCGGCAGCAGCCAAGCCCGGCCCCGAGGGCCCGCAAGGCAUGGCUGCUGUAGCAACACCUAGGGGACGGCCCAGCAACGAGGAGCUGCUGCGCAAGCCGCCCCAGGAGAUCCUCCGCUGGCUGCAGAAGGUCGAAGCGGAGAACCUCAAGCUCAUGUACGACCAUGGUGCGAUGAUGCAGGAUGUCAACCGCCGCAUGCAGGUGCACCUGAUGGAGAUCCGGCAGCUGCGCGAGGUGAACGAGCGGCUGCAGCGCGACAGCCAGGAGCUGCGCGACCUCUGCUGCUUCCUGGACGAUGAUCGGCAGAAAGGGCGCAAGCUGGCACGUGAGUGGCAGCGCUUCGGCCGCUACACGGCGUCCGUCAUGCGCCAGGAGGUGUCCGCCUACCAGGGGAAGCUGCGGGGCCUUGAUGCGCGGCAGCAGGACCUCAUCCGCGACAACAUCCAGCUCAAGGAACUCUGCCUCUACCUGGAUCAGGAGCGGUCGCAGGCACUCUGCACGAACUGCGGCGGCGUUCUGCCCGAGGGCCGUCGCGACGAUGGUGACGGCAGCUCGUCCUCGACCAUCAACACCCAGGACGAGAUUCCCUCCCCUCUGCCCUGUUCCCCUCCUCCGCCGCGGCCCUCGCCGUCGUUGCCUCCCGUGCCUUCCGGCGGCAUACCCAACGGCACGGCUAACGGCCACGUCCGACCGCCCUCCAUCGUCCCAAACGGGAGCCGGCUUCCCAGCCGAAGCCAGCCGCCCAUGCGAACGCCUGCCAUCAAAGAGGCAAUCCACCGGCACAGAAGCGUCAUCAACGAACAAGUUUUGCGGUAUAUCCGGAAUUUGGAGAAGCGCAUUGAGAUUCUGGAAGGCGAAAAGGGCAUCGUCAAAAACUCUCCUCACGAGGAAGUUCCACACAAGCCACCUCAGCAGCAGCCUUCUCCAGGGGGGCUCGAGAAAAAAUACCAAAGUGGAAUUCCACGUGCUCCUCACUACAGGAAACCCGACGACACCGGUCACGUUGUGCCGCCACCCGCGUCACACGGCUCUGGCAAAAAUACCUCGGACAACACGGAGCCGUAUGUGGGCGUGGCAAGGCCAGAAGCAGUGGUACAUGCCAUGAAGGUCCUCGAGGUUCAUGAGCAACUGGACAAGGCUACGGACAGUGAGCUGGAGUAUGAAGAGCUUGCCGAAGGAGAGAAGGCCCUUGUGCGUGAAAUGUGCAACGUGGUCUGGCGAAAACUCGAAGAUGGACCAGCGUGAUGCAAGUGCACUGGUGUAAUCAGUGCACAUGAAGACGAUGGAGGAGUAGCAAACAAACAUACCAUUUUGAUGGCACCACGUUUCCUGCACACCUGCUUUCCAAAGUAAACAUUGCGACCCUGACGUGUGUUGAUCCGUGUGCAGCUGCAGCCUCACCGUUUCAAGAGAAAUAUACUCGUAAUGUGACACUGAAAUGUACACUCAGCUAUCUAGAUGUCUCUCUCCCAUUCACAUUUUCCACAUGUUCUCCUAAACGUGUUAAAGCUGCGAGAAAGCACAAGUGAAACUGAAAUUCAACUCAGCUGCAAGCUGCCAGACUACUAGCGGAGUAACACGAAUGUUCGAAAACCCUGCAUCCGUAGCCUUCACUCCACUGCCAAGAUGAGCUGCCCCGAGUAUAUACAUAACUAUUGUGAGGCUAUAACAGUGGGGUAAUGUGGUAGUAGGUCAAGGUUAGGUAAUAAAGAGUGCUCACUACAGUGACCCCUUCUUGUCUCACGAAGAACUUAGAUGGAAAGAAUGAGCAAGUGUAUGUCUUCAGAGUUGUCUAAAAGUUCCGUUUAGACAACCGUGAAGUCAAUAUGACGUUGCGUGCAAUGGCACACACUGUGAUUGAGGCAGAAAAGUUUGGCCUUCAUUUAGUUUAAAUGUCUGCUUUCUGCUCGUGUGAUUGGCCAGAGGCCAGCUGUACGGCGACUACAGCUGGCAUCUGGAACAAGCGUGCAAGCCAAAUCCGAAUGUUCACAAGACUCCGCACUCAGUGUUCAGCGACCACAAAGCGUGCAUUGAUGGCUUCCAGAUUGCCAACCUGAAACUGAAGCUGCGGAAACGGGGAUACGAGAAUGUUUAGUGGUUUUCUGUCAAUGCCAACAAGGCAAAUGGUUGGGGAUGGUGGUGUAGACAGGGUUUCGUAAUGUAAUGCGUGAGGUAAGACAAUUGGGUAUGGGCUUCUAAUCCAACCCAUCAACUGCUGCGCUGUUUCUAUAUGUACAGUCCCUGAUAAUAAAAAGCUGUAGUUUAAGUUGUCUGGAGUUUAAAAGCAGGACUUGAGGAUUUUCUGGAGUUGGAUCUUUCUUUUUUAGCAAUGUGAGCAUAACUGCUGCCUGAUACCAUUUGAAGCGGCAUCAAGCGAAUGAAUGCUGCAGUUGCUGGACUAUAAUGUGUAAUUUCUCUAGAUCCCUUCAGGGCACACUAUUUCAAGAAUGUGAUGAUGCUUACGGGGGGCUAAGAACAUGUCCAUACCCCGCAAGUUGCGAGAGGUUCUGUUGGUAACAGACAUUGUCUGGCAACUAACUCCACUGCGCAAAUUUUUCAUUAGGGUUCAAUAGUCUUCUCUUCACACACCAUCUCAGCUAUGGUCCAGGGCUGAAGCCGUAUGUCCCAGGUUGUGAUAGAGGAACAUUUACUGGCAACAAACGCUCUUGAGAAAAUGUUAAGCCGGCUUUCCAGCAAAGCUCAUGCAAAGCACAAGAAAGUACACAGCAGCCGUUGUUAACCUGAACGAGGUUUCAACAUGAAACCACGUCGAGUUUUUUGCAUAAAAAGUGUCUUCAAGGAUUCAAAUGUAGCGUUUUUUUCUUCUCAAAGUUUGUUGCCGCUGGGAUCACGUGCUAUUGAAUGUUGCAGAGAUGAAGAAAGAAAAAGCUCUGUUCUGUGUUGUAUCGUGUGAUUGGAUGUUGCGAAACCGGCGAAGUGACCGUAAAAAUGUUCGCGCAAUGUUUUCCUUUUUUUUUUUCUUCGCCGGUCAUCAGAAAAUGUACAUACACGUUCGAGCGAGCAUUCCUAUAUAUUUCUUUCUUUCAUAUACAUACAUGAAACAAACACUCACACAUGUGCCACAUAUUAAAAGAACCCUUGUGCCUUAUAGAAGAUGAGCGUGUAUUUUUUGUUGCAUGUUACGGUAGUGCCACAGAGUUUAAAAAGGUUGUUCCAGCGCAUUUUUUUUAACAUUUCGAGAUAGAUACUAUACUUAAGAAACGGCAUCACGAAGGUAGCGCACAAACAGUUUUAUGUGUGUAACGAGGACAGUGCCUUACAAAGUAAGCUGCAGAUUUUUACACUUCCAUUUGUUUUUCUAUUUCUCAGAGGUUAUUUGAAGUCCACAAGCUGCGCUAUCUGUAAAAUUUGCGUCACGAAAACAUUAGGCGUUCUGGUGACCAAUACGGACGAUAUUGAUUGGCAUCAUGACUAACUAGAUUAGCAUAGCAGUAAUUAAUAGAUUGGCCAGUCAGAUAAAGUUCUGCCAAAUUUGUUUAGGCAUCUUCAUUUUGUCAGCGAUGAUUUACAUUAAAAGCUCACAAUAUUUUUGUAACUUGUAACUUUGCUUGAGACUUUCCAAGAAAUCUGCAGCUGACUUUGAAACAAGUUUGGGAUCUUUCACUGAAUCAAAUCGUGUAUGCAAAAGGUCUGUGUGUCGUGAUGGUUUUUGGAACACUGAGAAUAAAAACCUAUGCAAUCAUU